GGUGAUGGUUUAUAAAAAGGUUGCAGACUCCAGAGGAAGAGCAGAUCUGCUUGAGUCCACUUGGAAAACCAGCAGCUUCGGACUAAAACCGCGGAGCUCGACAUGAUGGAGGUUCCCUCUAAACUCCUGAUCCCCGUCGCAGUGAUCCUCCUGCUGGUCUCUCUCGGUCCCACGGAGGCCUGGUACAAACAGGUGGCCGGGCCCAGCUACUACUCGGUGGGCAGAGCGUCCGGGCUGCUGUCCGGGAUCCGGAGGUCCCCGCACGUGAGGAGAGGAGAGCCGCGGUCCGAGAGCGGAGAGUCGGAGAGCGACGGAGUUCUGUCCGAGCUCCUCUCACACAACUCUGCCUUAAAAAGAAUGCCUCUUUGUAUCAAAGACAUUACACCAAACCUGCAGAGCUGUGAACUCUUCCAGGAGGUGAAGGGAUCAUUGAAGUGCAAAGCAGACAUCAUCCUCUCCCUGGACUCCUCGGACUGUGAAGCAGACUGAGCAGCGGGGCUCACUUGGUUCAUUUACAUUUUUUAACUAAAUGUUUGUCAAACUGAAAGAAGGCAGUGGGCCUGAAAAAAGAACCUGAUUGAUUUUUUUUCAUGGCUCAUUCUGAUCAAUUUCUUUAUGAAUUGUGUCUACAACUGUAACAGUGAUGUGUGUUUGUACAGGUUUGUGUUCAUUAAUAAAACUAAAACAAACUA